UUUUCCUCCGCAAUUGCUUGGCACUGUAGAAUACUCCAUCCACUAACAGCCACCAUUACUCUAACUCUUUUUGCUGUAGUUAAUUUGCUGUAGUUACAUUCUCUCAACUGCCUAUUUUUACUUGUCCCUUUCCCUUUCUUUCUUGGUAGUAAGAGGUCUCUAGAGUUCCUACAGAGCACGGCGAGCAUGGCGAGCGGUGGCGAAGAGACUACUCAGGCCCUCAAGCGCUAUCGCUCGGCUUCUAUGGAAGAGCUUGGCGAAAAGAAAGAAAGCGAAAAUGAGUUGACUGAGGUUACUGCAAUGAACAUUCCCGAAGAGCUCUGGGCAUACAUAAUGACUUUUGUAGAGGAUACCGACCUCCGGACCUUAUGCCGGGUCAAUCACUUGCUGCGCCGCCAAGCUUCUGACAAAAUCCUCUGGCGCAGAUACAUCGUCCUUCGUAACCGCCACCGUGUAUCCAGCCGUCUCUUCGUUUACCCCCAACGUCCUACCCGCAAAGACCUGGUUGAAUGGAAUAUCCUUCGCACUAUGCCAUUCCGCCAGGACGAUGUUGGGUACAUUAAUAAUCCCAUACGUGUUGCUCACUGGACGGCACGCGAAGUCCUGCGGAAAUGUAUCCUAUUCACGACACUACGGAGAGGGCUUGAGGAACGUCCAAGUGUCCAGUCUUUGGAAUCUAUGAAAGUCCUGCGUACAGAUCCCUAUACUGCACUGAUACUUUGCCCGAGUAUCAAGCCAAAAGUUCGCUUCUUUGAAGAUUUGUGUGUAAAUGGCGCAGCCGUAGUUGCCGAAGAAGCGUAAUGUCGGCAAGAGCGACGUGGCGUAUAUUGACAUGGAGUGGUUUCGUUGCAUUUGACAUGGACCUCGGUUAUUCCUACUAUUAUUUUUAUUUUGUUGCUGUUUCGAUCUAUAUGCGUUAGGACUAUUGCUUUCUGAGUGGAUUUGGGUCUCUUUUAGAUAGUGUUAUUUCCAGCUUUACUAGCUUCAUUGUGUAGAUAUAAUCAUAGCAUUUUGGUUACUCGCUUGACCUUUAUAUCAUUAUCUUAAGCAGUUGAGAUGAUACAAUGGUACAGUUGCCGGCUCCAAAUCUGC